GUUCGAGCUAGAAGCGAUCCUUUCAUUCCAGUUCCAGCAGCGAUUGAUCGGCAAUUCGAAAUUGUUGAGCAGAGCAAGAUCAACUAAGCAGCAAAAAAUGGCGGCGCCGGACGUGCAGAUGGCGGCGGCGGAGACGGAGACGUUCGCCUUCCAGGCCGAGAUCAACCAGCUGCUCUCCCUCAUCAUCAACACCUUCUACUCCAACAAGGAGAUCUUCCUCCGCGAGCUCAUCUCCAAUGCAUCUGACGCGCUGGACAAGAUCCGGUUCGAGAGCCUCACCGACAAGAGCAAGCUGGACGCGCAGCCGGAGCUGUUCAUCCGCCUCGUCCCCGACAAACCCACCAAGACGCUCUCCAUCAUCGACAGCGGCGUCGGCAUGACCAAGUCCGACCUCGUCAACAACCUCGGCACCAUCGCGCGCUCCGGCACCAAGGAGUUCAUGGAGGCGCUCCAGGCCGGUGCCGACGUCAGCAUGAUCGGCCAGUUCGGCGUCGGCUUCUACUCCGCCUACCUUGUCGCCGACAGGGUCGUCGUCACCACCAAGCACAACGACGACGAGCAGUACGUCUGGGAGUCGCAGGCCGGCGGCUCCUUCACCGUCUCGCUCGACACCAACGGCGACCGCCUCGGCCGCGGCACCAAGAUCACCCUCUUCCUCAAGGACGACCAGCUAGAGUACCUGGAGGAGCGCCGCCUCAAGGACCUCAUCAAGAAGCACUCCGAGUUCAUCAGCUACCCCAUCUACCUAUGGACCGAGAAGACCACGGAGAAGGAGAUCAGCGACGACGAGGACGACGGCGACGACAAGUCCAAGUCCAAGGGCAAGGAGAAGGAAGGCGACAUCGAGGAGGUGGACGACGACGAGGAGGCGGUCUCCAAGAAGAAGAAGAAGAAGGUGAAGGAGGUGAGCCAUGAGUGGGUGCAGAUCAACAAGCAGAAGCCCAUCUGGCUGAGGAAGCCGGAGGAGAUCAGCCGGGAGGAGUACGCCUCCUUCUACAAGAGCCUGACCAACGACUGGGAGGAACACCUCGCCGUGAAGCACUUCUCCGUGGAGGGGCAGCUGGAGUUCAAGGCCAUCCUGUUCGUGCCCCGCCGCGCGCCGUUCGACCUGUUCGACACCCGCAAGAAGAUGAACAACAUCAAGCUCUACGUGCGCCGCGUAUUCAUCAUGGACAACUGCGAGGAGCUCAUCCCGGAGUGGCUCGGCUUCGUCAAGGGCGUCGUCGACUCCGACGACCUCCCGCUCAACAUCUCCCGCGAGAUGCUGCAGCAGAACAAGAUCCUCAAGGUCAUCCGCAAGAACCUCGUCAAGAAGUGCAUCGAGCUCUUCUUCGAGAUCGCCGAGAACAAGGAGGACUACGCCAAGUUCUACGAGGCGUUCUCCAAGAACCUCAAGCUGGGCAUCCACGAGGACUCGCAGAACCGCGCCAAGCUCGCCGACCUCCUCCGCUACCACUCCACCAAGUCCGGCGACGAGCUCACCAGCCUCAAGGACUACGUCACCCGCAUGAAGGAGGGGCAGAAGGACAUCUACUACAUCACCGGCGAGAGCCGGAAGGCGGUGGAGAACUCGCCGUUCCUGGAGCGGCUCAAGAAGAAGGGCUACGAGGUGCUGUUCAUGGUGGACGCCAUCGACGAGUACGCCGUCGGGCAGCUCAAGGAGUACGACGGCAAGAAGCUGGUGUCGGCGACCAAGGAGGGGCUGAAGCUGGACGAGGACACGGAGGAGGAGAAGAAGCGGCGCGAGGAGAAGAGGAGGUCGUUCGAGUCGCUGUGCAAGGUGAUGAAGGACAUCCUCGGCGACCGCGUGGAGAAGGUGGUGGUGUCGGACCGCAUCGUGGACUCGCCGUGCUGCCUGGUGACCGGCGAGUACGGGUGGACGGCGAACAUGGAGCGGAUCAUGAAGGCGCAGGCACUGCGGGACAGCAGCAUGGGCGCGUACAUGUCGAGCAAGAAGACGAUGGAGAUCAACCCGGAGAACGGGAUCAUGGAGGAGCUCCGGAGGCGCGCGGAGGCCGACCCCAACGACAAGUCCGUCAGGGACCUCGUCCUCCUCCUCUUCGAGACGGCGCUGCUCACCUCCGGCUUCAGCCUCGACGACCCCAACACCUUCGCCGCCAGGAUCCACCGCAUGCUCAAGCUCGGCCUCAGCAUCGACGACGACGAUGCCUCCGCGGCCGACGACGACGCCGACAUGCCGGCGCUCGACGAUGCCGCCGCCGAGGAGAGCAAGAUGGAGGAGGUGGAUUAAUUGAGCUACAUACUGACUGCUUCGAUCGAAAAGAGAUGGCAUGGUGCAAUGCAAUGCAGUGUGUUGUUGCGUCACUAGUGUGUGCAUUACGUGUGUCCAUGGGUCAGGUGUGUGGUCGCAUUUGGGUUACUUUACUGUUUGAUUGUUUGAGGUCACAGUAUUACUCUAUAUGUACUAGUAUCAUAGUAUAACCAAUAUUACUACUUGUCCGGAAGUGAGAUGAUGAAUCAAAUGGUUCUUCAUAAGUCAGUUUAAGGUUGCUUCUCCAUUUUGACAUCCAUGGG